AUGGCAGAGAAGGAUUUCAUCAGUUGGCAUCUACUGGCUUUAUUUUUUCUUCCAUUUUGCCUGUGUCAAGAUGAAUACAUGGAGGUGAGCAGAAGAUCUUAUAAACCAGUGGCCAAAGUAUUGCAAAGUCACCACCAGACUGGCCAUAAAGGUUCCAGAAGCAGGGAAAUAUUGAAACAGCGGAGUCAACUUAUAGAGUGGACUGUUGAUAAUAGCACUUCUACAGACCAAAAAGUCCUGAGACCAGAGGUAGAUGAUGUAGAACUGACUACCUCAGAUAGAGUCCAGCCCCCACAAACUGGACCGCAGAAUCCAGACUGUAGUUCCUGCUGCCGUGGUGACUUUGGAGUUCGACUCUACCAAGGGCCCCCAGGACCUCCUGGGCCCCCUGGGAUGCCAGGAAAUCAUGGAAACAAUGGAAAUAAUGGAGCAACUGGUCAGGAAGGAGCCAAAGGUGAGAAAGGAGACAAAGGAGAUACGGGACCAAGGGGAGAGCGUGGCCAUCAUGGACCCAAAGGCGAGAAGGGUUACCCUGGGAUUCCCCCAGAGCUACAGGUUGCGUUCAUGGCUUCCAUGGCUACUCACUUCAGCAACCAGAACAGUGGGAUCAUCUUCAGUAGUGUCGAAACCAACGUUGGGAAUUUUUUUGAUGUCAUGACUGGGAGAUUUGGUGCUCCAGUGAAUGGGGUGUAUUUCUUCACCUUCAGUAUGAUGAAACAUGAAGAUGUGGAAGAAGUGUACGUGUACCUGAUGCAUAAUGGCAAUACAGUUUUCAGCUUAUAUAGCUAUGAAUCAAAAGGGAAAGCAGACACUUCAGGAAACAGUGCAGUGCUAAAACUUGCCAAGGGAGAUGAAGUUUGGCUGCGAAUGGGAAAUGGAGCCCUCCACGGGGACCAUCAACGCUUCUCUACCUUUGCUGGGUUUCUUCUUUUUGAAACCAAGUGA